AUGACUGGUCGAUCACAACAGCAUCCACUGCUCUCUUCUGUAAGCAGAAAAUCACCGGACAAACCAUGGGCGGCCGGAUUAACUGGGCAAACUCAGGCUACAAGAAACGGGCAGAAUCGUAGCCACCCACGCCCCUCGGCUGAGAAACUGACAGCAUUUUCUAGAAGAAAAGUUUCAUGCUCUAAGGCCUGCCACAAUGAGACAGAGGGAAUUUCAGCACAGGUUCAUUGGAAUUUGAAGUCGGUGAGUCGAAGAUUUCUGGUCAGAACAAAUUACAAAAGUAAUCCACCCAGCCUUUCAGACAGAAUGACAAAUGCACAACAGUAA